AUGGGGCCCCAUGCUGAUGCUGUGAUGCUGACCCUGAGCUCAGGCGUACCAUGCCGGAGCAGCUUCUUCUCCUUGUUCGGCAGCAAGGAGGAGGAGCCCGAAGUCCCGUCUCUUCCAGAGGGUGACUGCCCCAAGCUACGGCCGGCCCAACUGCCACGUGCCAGCUGCCCUGCCGUGGGAGCUGAGAUGGAGAUCCGCCGCCGAGAGGGCUUGGGCAAGGACAAUGGCGGCUGUGCAGCACAGCCUCCUGCCUGCUGUGAGGCUGCGAGGCGCGCUGAAGCUGCUGCAAAAAUGGUUCAGGACCAGAUCCGUGGCAAUCCUUUCUUGCGGUGGAUGCAGAUGCAGCAGAUCCCAGCAGCGCUCCUUUUGCUUCCUUCGGAUGUGACAACUGUGAGACUCAAGGCGAGAUGUAAACGGGAUUUCCUCUGA